AUUAAAAGCUCGGAAUAUAGGCUACAAACAUUUGCAUCUUUAUCAUUCGGAAUAGCCCUAGAGUAUUUCAGAAUACCAGAAAGGCAUUAAAUGAUUGCUAUGGCCUCCUCCUCUUACGCGUCUACAGAAGAGACGACAAAUGCCUGCAGAGCCUGUCGGCUUCUCUUGGGUCCAUGUACAGAUCAACUACGUGAUGUUUUACUUCACCAUGUACCUCUACUAACAUUCCCACACGUCAUUCAACGAAAGAGGAGUGAUCUUCCUCGUCUGACAGCACCACAAAUGAGUCUUAUUUUACCUAGAGGCAGUAGUUAUACUGGUAACUACAGUGAUAUGGACAUUCCAUUAUUGUACACACUACUUAGAAACAUUUGUAGUAUACCAACACACAGCAAAGGCUGGGGAAAUGAUCCAGAUCCUACAGAUCGAUCUCUCUCUGCCAACAUUGAGAGGAUUCGUAUCGCCAGAAAUCAUUGUGUACAUUCUUCUAGUCCAGUCCUUUCUAAUGCUGAUUUCAAUAUUAUCUGGUCAACUGUCAGAUCAGCAGUUCUGGACCUUGAUUCCUUCCUUAGCAAUGGGAACAAGUUUGAAAGAGAGGUGGACUUUUUGAGAUAUGAGACAAUGGACCCUGUCCGUGACUGUCAUUACAUAGAAGAACUGAGGAAACAGGCUGAAGAAGAUGCAAAAACUAGAGAAAUGUUUCAAGGCCUGCAACGAAAAUUUGAAGAGAGUGAAAUGGAAAUGCUGAAAAUUGUUGAUGAAAUAAAGAAACCAAAGUCUGUAAUCCCUCCAAAUGUCAAAGAUAAUUAUGAAAAAGAGUUCAUACGAUGGAAAGAAGAGGAUGGGGUUUACAGUGAAAGUCACAGUUUCCUUGCAAUGUUGGAUAAAGUCAGACAGCAGUCUUACAUGACAUUUGUGGGUGUCCCAGGAUCCGGAAAAUCGGCAACAAUUCAUCAUAUAGCGCUGAUACUCCAGAGGGAAGGGUAUGAGGUUGUACCAAUUAAAGAUAUCAGGAAGAUUGAAGAUUAUUCUGACUCUCGUCAUCCACAGGUUUUUGUCAUUGAUGAUGUAGUAGGUGUUUUAGGUCUUCAAAAACAAAAGUUAGAGUCAUUGAUAGACUAUGAAAAAAGAAUUUCAGAUCCUUUCAAUAGAAAUACAAAGGUAUUAAUGUCAUGUAGGGAAGUAGUGUUUAAUGAAUGUUACAAAUCAUUUUUCUUAAAUGAAGAAAACACAAUUAAGAUGCAUAGUUCCGAAAAUGCAUUAAACGAUGAAGAUAAGCAAGCAAUCCUUCAGACACACGGCUUGGAUAAAGAUUUGUUGUCCCCUAUAUUACUGAGAGAAGCAUCUGCGAUGUUUCCUCUGUUGUGUAAACUAUACUCAAAAGAGGAGAUAUGUAGAAACAAUGUUGAAAGGUUCUUUACCUGUCCAGCUGAAUGUAUUUUAGAAGAAUUUGAUAAAAUGCAAAAGCAAAAUAGUUUAUGUUAUGCUACAUUGGUCUUGUGCAUGUUAAAUGGCAAUAAACUAUCAAAAGAAAUAUUGAAAAACACGGGGAACAAAGUUUUCUGUGAAAUGAAAUCAAGAGUACUAGAAAGUUGUGAAGUUGAAAGUUACACGGAUGCAUUUAAAUUUGGUAAAGUACUGUCAGUAAUGGAGGGUACAUACACAAAACUCUGUGGCUCUGAGUAUACAUUUAUCCAUGACUCCGUGUUUGAAAUCCUUGCUUAUCAUUAUGGAUGUCAGUUUCCAGAUCUGGUUUUGCAAUAUAUCAGUAGCAGUUAUAUUGCUAACAAAGUGAAAGUACAAGAAGGUGAAAAAGAGUUAGUGAGUGAAAGUAAUCAAUUCAGUGAGGAUGUUAAAUCAAGUGGUGAAGAGUUUGAAGUAUCAGGUAGUGAGAGUAUGGAGUUAUUUGAUCUCUGUAUAAGGUUAAGAGAGGGUCAGUAUCCAAUGUUAGCUAAGCGCUUGUACAGCGAUAUAGAAAAUAUGGAACUGUAUGAUGUUUUCAUGAAUAAUGUUUUAAAACAGACAAAGGUAUGUAAGGCUUUUAUUGAGGAGUUAAAGACAAAGUCCUACACAGAGUUGAAGUCGUUAUUUCUGUCAGAGCAGAAAGACGUGCCUAAGGUAGUGAGUAAAGGAGAGUGUGUAACAGAGGAGAGUGAGGAGAAGAGAGGGGAGUGGUACAGACAGAGGGUGCUGGUGAAUGAGAAUUCUAUAACAGAAACAAAAUCAACAUACAGUGUUAGGGUUAUUAGUUGGGUAGUUUACUACGGACACAAUCAGAUUCUACAAUAUAUUGUAAAACAAACUGAAUUACACAAAGAAACAAUGACUGAACUAUUUUGGAAUUCCUUUAGUCCCAAGUUAUGCUAUGAAACAAAAGAGCGAGAAAAUAACAUUGAAACAAAUAAUACAACAAAUAAUUUAUGUUUAUCGAACACCACUAGUGAUUUAAUAAAUCAAAAACAGGACAAUGGGUGGUUUGUUUCUGAACAUUACCGUUUACUUUUAUUGAGUUGUUAUAGUGGAGAUUUAGAGACUGUAAGAAUACUAAUCAAGUAUAUGUAUGUUGAUUUAAAAACAAACAAGAAACUGCAAUACAAACGUAUGUUAUUUGGUGAACCACUGACAGCAGCAUGUGAGGGUGGACAUAUGAGUGUAGUGAAGGAGCUAUUAGAAGCAGAAGCUGAUAUCAAUCAAGGUCGGUUAACUACACUACUGACUGUAGCAUGUAGGGGUGGACAUAUGAGUGUAGUGAAGGAGCUAAUAAAAGCAGGAGCUGAUAUCAAUCAGCAAGGUGAUUUUGAUACACCACUGACAGCAGCAUGUAGGGGUGAACAUAUGAGUGUUGUGAAGGAGCUAAUAAAAGCGGGAGCUGAUAUCAAUCAACAAGAUGAGUUUGAUACACCACUGACAGCAGCAUGUGCAUAUGGGCAUAUGAGUGUAGUGAAGGAGCUACUGAAGGCUGGAGCUGAUAUCAAUCAAAAAGGUCCCUGUAAUUUACCACUGACAACAGCAUGUACGACUGGACAUAUAAGUUUAGUGAAGGAGCUAAUAAAAGCAGGAGCUGAUAUCAAUCAACAAGGUCAUUUGAAAACACCACUGACGGCAGCAUGUGGUCGUGGACAUAUGAAUGUAGUGAAGGAGCUUUUAGAAGCGGGAGCUGAUAUUAAUAAACCCGAUCGGUUUCAUACAUCACUGAUAGCAGCAUGUAAAGGUGGACAUAUUAGUCAAGUGAAGGAGCUAUUAGAAGUGGGAUCUGAUAUCAAUCAACAAGGUAAGUAUAAUACACCAUUGACAGCAGCAUGUGAGGGUGGAUAUAUGAGUGUAGUGAAGGAGCUAUUAGAAGCAGGAGUUGAUAUCAAUAAACAAGGUGGGUAUGAUACACCACUGACAGCAGCAUGUAAAGGUGGACAUAUGAGUGUAGUGAAGGAGCUAUUAGAAGCAGGAGCUGAUAUUAAUAAACAAGGUGGGUAUGAUACACCACUGACAGCAGCAUGUAAAGGUGGAUAUAUGGGUGUAGUGAAGGAGCUAUUAGAAGCAGGAGCUGAUAUCAAUAAACAAGGUGGGUAUGAUACACCACUGACAGCAGCAUGUAAAGGUGGAUAUAUGAGUGUAGUGAAGGAGCUAUUAGAAGCAGGAGCUGAUAUCAAUAAACAAGGUGAGUAUGAUACACCACUGACAGCAGCAUGUAAAGGUGGACAUAUGAGUGUAGUGAAGGAGCUAUUAGAAGCGGGAGCUGAUAUCGAUCUAAAAGGUGAGUUUUAUGCACCGCUGACAGCAGCAUGUAAGGGUGGACAUAUGAGUGUAGUGAAGAUGCUACUAGAAAUGGGAGCUGAUAUCAAUCAGCUAGGUGAGUAUGAUACACCACUGACAGCAGCAUAUAAGGGAGGUCAAAUGAGUGGAGUGAAGGAGCUUCUAGGGGCAGGAGCUGGUCUCAAUAAACAAAGUACACCACUGUCAGCAUCAUGUCGGCUGGACAUAUGAGUAGCUGCUAAAGGCGCAGACUUAUAUCAAACAGCAAGGUUAGUCAGAUACCUACUCCACUGGUAACAGCGGCUAAGGGUGAGAUGUUAAGAAGAUUUAUUGGAGGUUUAAUAUUUGAAGGAACUGCUACAGGCAGGGGAUAAUUUUCAUUUACAAGAGUUCCUUACUGCACAUCUAAUGGUGGAUAUAUACGGUUGUGAAAGAUAUUCUACAUUGUAGGACUCAUGAUAUUAUAUAAACAUAGGAAAUACUCUUCUAUAGAGAAUAGUUUUUAAUGAAAUUGAGACUGUAAUCUUUACAAAAUAGUUCUAAGUAUCGAUGAUUAAAACUUUGAUUUUUUGUUUACACUGAUUGUUGGACAUAAUUUUUUGUUGGAUGAUUUUAUAGAGAGGACAUUAUUCUCCUGGUUGGGUUGAUGUUAUUGUCAGGGUAAGGUCCAAAGAGUAUGAUUCUGUGCUACUCUAACAUGGUCUGUCUGAUAUAGGUCAAACAAGACGAAUGUUCAGUAAGUUUAGGAUAAGCGAUCUUUCUUUUUUUUUGAAAUCUUUGCAUGUGUCAAAUUAGUGUUAAGUGUAUUAAAGAAUGUGCGAGACAGUAAAAGAGAGAAUGGUGUCUCUGGACAAGGUUAUAAUGACGGUGGAUUUAUUUUAGAUGUCUGGGUUAGACAUAGAAGGUGUGUCGUUUCUAGAGAGGACAUGGUGACAGUUGAAUAAGUUUAGAAAAUCAAAGAUUUGUUUGAAUACCUAAAAGGUUUCUUAGAGGAAAAGAAUACUGAAUAUAUCAAAGAAAGAUGAGAGUUGAUACUCUUUAGAAAAAAGUAACUCCGUAUAGUGUACAUUAAAAUAUUGUGGAAAUAAGAGCAUAUGUCCUGACAUAAUUCUCAAUGUUUCUUAAAGACACUGUUUUCAAUAUAAUGAUUGAAGGGAGGAUAACUGAGAAUUAUCUUCAAUAAGUAGCGCAACAGCAUGAAGUCAUUUAAUUUGCAAUAAACUGGGCGUCAUUUCCUCGAAGAUUUCUCUACCCUCUCUUUUUAAGGUGUCUUAAAAUUUUUAUUUGUUAAUAUGUAUAAGCAGUAAGAUUUGCAUUGCUUCAGAGAGAGGUUGUUUUGAUCAGUCUUAAUUCAGUGUGUGGUGUUGUAAAUUAUAUGAAUUGUACAACACAUCAUGCAAUAAACAUGUUAAGUUGCCGAUUGGCAUGUUGCUUUCUCAUUUACAAAGGAGAUGGGCGAACAUAGCGUGCAGAAAGCCUAUAGCUUCAGAUAUAUAUAAAUCAUGUUCAGUUUGUGAAUUUUGACAAUUAUUACUGUCUCAUUAUUGAAAUUCAAGAAAUUAUGAUAAACAAAACUUUUCUGAGGACAAUUUUCUCGGCAAAAUCUAUUCUUUUAUUAAAAAAAAUUAAUUGGUAUUCGUGGGGUUCGAACCCUAGCAAUAAAAACCCUGAGUAUCAUUUUCUUUCGAGACUAGCACGCUAACCACUAGACUACACAAGUCCUGAUGAAGAGUGGCAUUUAAUUCAUGUUUGUGAUAUGACCCUUGACUUAAUGGACUUCAAGUAUUUCUCGAAAAGAUACGAAUGUUAUGUCAUAAAAGUAUAUUUUUAAGGUAUAGUGGGUCAUUGCUCCAUAUUUUUGGUAACCAAAAAAUGUAUAUUUUUAUGCAAACUUUGAGGAUUAACUUUCAAAAAGGUGGAGCGAAGACCCACUCAUAUCGAAAAAUAGUGCUAUAGUAUGAGAAAAUGACUCUUUUUGCUCGCUUUGGUGUGUGUCUAAUAUUUCACAGGCAAAUAAUUUUACUCUUUGAGGGAUUUUGCAAAUUGUAGAGAUUUUACAUAAAGUAUAUUUUAAUGUUAGACGAAAUAUCAAGGAAAAUUUUGAUAUAAUUGAAAUUUAUUUUUUCAUCUUCAUGUUUGUCACACUAUAGGCUUAUCGCUCGUCAUGUUCACCCAUCUCCUUAAUCGCAAAGGUGAAAUGAUUUCAGUCAGAAAUGUAAUAAUAUUCAUCAUCAUUCAGAGAUUUCAUUGAAUAGGGAAUGCCAUUCUUUACAAAUCAUUAAAUUUUAGCUGUUUAUCCUUGACAUUCAUAGAGAUAAGGAUCCAUUAUUUGAUUCCAUACUUCAAUAUUUUAAACUCUGGAUGUAAUGUGCAAAUUGUUUGGUUGAAAAAUAAGUUAGUAUCAAAUGAGAGUUGCAGCAAAAUUGUGUGAAUGCUCAGUUACAUUUUAUCUUUACGUUUUCUGUAGUCCCCUAUUGUCUUUUUUGGUUUUUCUCUUGAAAUAUUGUUUAUCAAAUGGUAAAUAUGAUGCAUGAUAUAAUAUUGCAUUUGUUUAAAAAAAUGGAUCUUUCAAUUGAAUCAAAGUAGAUUUUUAGAAUAAAUCUUUAAAAGAGUUAAAAGAUUUGGUAUUAUAUAUAUAUAUAUAUUUAUUACAUUUUCAACGGUGAAAUACUGUGAUUUAUUUAUUGAAUAAAAGUGAUAUUCUCUCACAGUAUGAAAGUAUACCAAAAUGAUAUUCUCUCACAGUGUGAAAGGAUAUCAAAGUAAGUCAAAAAUAAUUUCUGGCCUGUCAUAAGAUAGAGAUAGUAACUAAGCAUCUUGAUAGAGCUAAAACUGCAAAUUUCUUCCCAAAUAUGUUGCUAAAAUCCAUGCUAUGUAAUGUUUUCAAUCACACAACUGCUAAGCUACGAUCGACGUCUCAACCGCUCAACUAUGACGUCAAGCCUAUGACACUGUGUUAAGAAAAGACAGAGGCAAAGGGAAAAUCAAAGAAAAUGUAAUAAACAGAAAAUUCAAUGUUUUGUAGAUGAAUAUGGAAUUUAUUUCACGAGUGGGACAGGAUUUUUUUAUAUUUUCAC